AUGGCACCGGGUAUUUAUUGCGGCGCCGGGCGCACACCGCGGACUUUAGCGAAAUUUCUGUCCCAGGAUCAGAUUAACGAGUUCAAGGAGUGUUUCUCCCUGUACGACAAGAAGCAGAAGGGCAAGAUCCGGGCGGGCGACCUGCUGGUGGUGAUGCGCUGCCUGGGCGCCAGCCCCACGCCCGGRGAGGUCCAGCGGCACCUGCACCUGCACCGCAUCGACAGGAACGCCGAACUGGAUUUUUCCACCUUUCUGAACAUAAUGUACAGGCAGCUGAAGCAGGAGGAGCCCGAGAGGGAGAUCCUCACGGCGCUGUCCAUGAUCGACAGGCAGCGCAGAGGCUUCAUCUCGGCGGCGGAGCUGCGCGCCAAGCUCACCAGGCUGGGCGAGAAGCUCUCCGAGCAGGAAGUGGAUGACCUGCUCAAAGAGGCCAAGGUUGGCCCAAACGGAACAAUAAAAUACGAGGAAUUCGUCCGCACCAUCAGCCUCCCAGUAGCCGACUACUGAAAUUCAAAGCAAGGGAUCGGGUUUAGCAGGACCUGAACUUGGAGUUCGAGUUUCCUGCUCAACUGGCCAGACCCGGGAACCAUCAUUUGCCUUUAAGAUUCCACAUUCUGCCUUGAGUUUAGCUUACGGAUUUCUCCCYUUUCCAGAAAAACGCUGUCAGAAAAUGUGAAUUAUUAAAUAAACAAACC